UUGAAAUUCGAUAUAACCCUACUUUUUUUAUUUAGAGCACUUUGCCACGAAUGUAACCUAAGAGAGAAAGCGUCUGGUUCUAGCCGCCUUAUAUGUUUCAAAUGCCAUGGCUUUAUUGAGGAAGGACAGCAAUUGAAGUAUAUUUCCGAAGUCUAUCACGCUUACCACUUUAAUUGCUCAUCGUGUGGCUUUGAAUUGAGUGCCGAUGCCAGGGAAAAGGAUGGCGAGCUCUUCUGUCUGAGAUGUCACGAUAAAAUGGGCAUACCAAUCUGCGGUGCCUGCAGGCGGCCUAUCGAAGAACGAGUGGUGCAUGCUCUUGGUAAGACGUGGCAUGUCGAACACUUCGUCUGUGCUAGAUGUGAAAAGCCAUUCCUGGGUUCAAGACAUUAUGAGAAAAAAGGCUUGGCUUAUUGCGAGUUACACUACCAGCAACUUUUUGGUAUGCUGUGCUAUGCAUGCAACCAAGUUGUUGCAGGAGAGACUGUUUAUGCUCUCAAUAAGGCGUGGUGUGUCGAUCAUUUUGGGUGCAGCGUUUGCGACAGGCGGUUAAGUCCAAAAACUAAAUUUUACGAGUUCGAUAUGAAGCCUGUGUGCAAAUCAUGCUACGAACUGUUCCCAGCAGAGCUACGCAAACGUAUUGCCAAGAUGCACAAAAUGGAGGACUAG